UGUGUGUGUGUGUGUGUGUGUGUGUGUGUGUGUGAGAGCGAGCGUCACAUUCUCGUGUUCUUGUUGAGCUUGUCAUGAGAGCUUCAGCAAGACAACUCCUCUGAACUCAUCAGGUGAAGCAGGCAGCAUCUGGACCCUGAAAAAGGUGAGAUGGGGUGUGGGCUCUCCAGGCUGAGACGCUCUGAGGAGAGGCCGGGGAAGAUCUACUCCACCCUCAGGAGGCCACAGGUGGAGACCAAGGUGGGCGUGGCCUACACCUACCGUUUCCUGGACUUCCUGCUGGGGAACGCAGAGGGCCCCGGCUCGCUGCCCUGCCUGGCCUCGGUGAGGGAGCUCCCAGGGCAGCUGGAGGAGCUGUAUAUCCAGGGCUUCCUGCUGGCAGCGCUGCACCCCCUGAUCCACCCCUGUGCCCCCCCUGCCUGCUCCCUGCAGAGCCAGCUGUACCGCGCUGUGCUCAUCCGGCCCACACACAGUGUGGAGAGGUCUGGGGGCUGCUGUCGGUUGGACUUGGAUGUGUGUCAGCCCCUCGGCCAAUUCCCUGACUACGAGCUCAUUCAGGGCUGCGUUAAGAAGGCCCAUGAUGCAGCAGAGCAGGGUUCCAUGUUGGUGGGGUUCCUCCAGCAGGUCUCCAUGGUGACGGCCGUUCCGGGGCGGGGCUAUGGGGAGGAUUCUUCCCUCUCUCUCCACUCCAGCCCCUCCUCCUUCCUGCAGGCCGAGCUCGACCAGAACCAGAACCUUGAACAGAACCAGACCCCAGACCCAAACCAGUCAGUCCGGGACCUCCCAGAGAAACCACCCAACAGCCCUGCCCAUGAAGAGGAACCUACAGGUCCUGUGGAGCGGGUGGAGCUGUUCUCCCUGUUUAACCAGCAGGGGGCGCUGUGUGUGGAGCCGGUGCGGUUCUACACCGUCAGGGUGCCCCUGCGGCUGGGCUGGCGGGACCGGGAGCUGAGCCGGCUGGAGGCGGGGUGGCUGGAUCACAUGACCCAGCACUUCCGCAGUGGCGCAUCGCUGGUCGACGGGUACUUCCACCUGGGGACCCAACCGAGCGGCGGCGUGCUGCCGGAGACGGUGGAGGGCGUGUUUGUGUUUCAGGAGGGUGUGGAGUCAGACUACCCAGCAGCCUCGGCGUUCGACGCCAUUGUGGUGGAGCAGUGCACUGUCAUUCACGGUGUGCAGGUAAAGACUGACUAUGUUCCACUGCUCCAGUCUCUGGCUCUGUACGGAUGGAGACUCACCUGUGUCCUGCCCACACCCAUCGCCAACGGCAACAGUGAUGGGAGUGUGUGCACCAAACAGAUCCUGUUUCUGCAGCGACCAGUCCUCCAGCGCAAGAGAGAGAACAGGAAGCUGAGUCUCAGUCUGAGGGGUAAAAACCGAGCCGUGAAGAAAGCCACGCCCACCGCCCCGGCCGUCACCCCGCCCACCGCCCCGCCCAAAGGGCCAGAGACAGAGAGGUGGGGCCAGCAGGGGCCAAUCGAGGGGCCAGAGAGAGAGGAGAGAGCGGAGAGAGAGGAGGGCGGGCGAGUGGGGAGGAUGAACGACAAGAACAGACUGAACGAGACGGAGGAGAGAGAGGCCGAGCUGGGGGCGGAGCCUGGCUCUGCUGCACUGCAGAGCGGAGGGAACCCGGAGAACUGCUGGGCGGGGCUUAUGGAUGAGUCAGCAGUGGGCGGGGUCUCCGGGCAGCUGGGAGGCGCUGAAGAUGGACCCACAGCAUCAACCAAUCAGAGGCUUGGGAUGGUGGAUGGGGGCGGAGUCCGGGAGGCUUCAGAUUCAGACUGUAUCCUAGUAACCUGACAUCACCAAUGUGAACGCUCCGCCCACUCCACUGAAGAACACGCCCCGCACCUGAGGGGCAAGUCUGCAUUAUAUAUAUUUUUUAACUUAAAAACGUAAAAUAAAGCCAUAAGAAUCAUG